AAAAAAAAAAGAAAAAAAAAAAACACAAGAAUCCUUUAAAUAUACACGAGCUAGUUUAGUCUACAGUACUCAUUUUCCUGCAAAAAAAAAAAAAAAAAAAAAAAAAAAAAAGGUCACAAACAACCAAAGCAAGUCAUAUGCCAUGGAAAACAUCAACCACUCAGCUUACAAUUAUAAUAAGCUGACAAACAACUCUUCUUCCUCUUGGGAUCUCCAAAUACCCAAUAACACCAAUAUUAUUAUGGAUCAAGACCAUAUGAAUCUCCAGUAUCUCCACCACCAUAUUCCCUCUACUCAUAAUAACAUUCCUCUCUUCUUCCCAAACUACCAUUCUCAUUCCUCACCAUCAUCAUCAUCACCACCAUGUCUUGAUCAGCUUCCAUCUUCCAAUUCAAACAUUUUUAAUCAUCACCAUCAUCAUCAAGAUCAAGAACUAACAACGGAAUUAGAUGAUGGUGAUGACCAUGAUGAUGAUGAGGAAGAUCUGGGAGCCAUGAAGGAGAUGAUGUACAAGAUCGCCGCUAUGCAGCCGGUGGAAAUCGACCCGGCGACCAUCCGGAAGCCGAGGAGGCGCAACGUCCGGAUAAGUGACGACCCCCAGAGCGUGGCUGCGCGCCUCCGUCGGGAGCGGAUAAGCGAGCGGAUCCGGAUCCUCCAACGCCUCGUUCCCGGUGGCACCAAGAUGGACACGGCUUCCAUGCUGGACGAGGCCAUUCGCUACGUCAAGUUCUUGAAGAGACAAAUCCGUCUUCUCGGCCAACCCAACAACAACAACAACUUGAUUACUACCAAUAAUCACCUCUCACCUCCACAAUUAGGAGUUAACAUAAUUAACUCCAACACAGCUAAUAUUGUCAACUCUCUAUGCUUAGCCUCCUCUGCAGAAAAUAAUAUUAUUAUGAAUUGGGGUUUGGACAAAUUGGUUCCAACCAAAUUAGGUCACACCGGCAGUAUUGGCUCGAACCCUACUACUGCAGGUUCAGCAAGCGGGCGGUUUGCCUUUGCUGCGGGCGGCAGUAGCGGCAGCUUUGGCGGAGCUUGAUUAGGGUUUAAUCAUAAGGUAAUUAUAGUGAAAAUAUUAUACAUAUUAGUGUCGUAAUAUUCAUGAUAAAUGAUUAGUCUCUAAUAUGAGUAAUUGAUGCGCUAU